AUGUCUGAGCCACAACAAGAGCAAGAGCAGAAGCCUGACAUCAAGCCAGAAACCCACAUCAAUUUGAAAGUAUCCGAUGGCUCGUCCGAAAUCUUUUUCAAGAUCAAGAGAACCACCCCUUUGAGACGUUUGAUGGAGGCCUUCGCUAAAAGACAGGGCAAAGAGAUGGACUCUCUGCGGUUCCUGUAUGACGGUGUGAGAAUCCAAGCUGACCAGACCCCCGAGGAUCUCGAGAUGGAGGACAACGACAUUAUCGAGGCCCAUCGUGAACAAAUCGGCGGCGCUCUUCUAUGA